UGACAUUCUCAUCGAUUGCAUCGAUUUAUUGCAGUCGAUCACGCCGAUAUAGGCACACAGAACAUAUGUACUUACAGGGCCAUCUCGCUUCCUCCCUUGACCGGCAAGACAAGACAAGACACGCCACAAAACAAACUGUCAAAACUGACAAUCGAUCACGAUAGGCACCCCACAUGACAUGAGCCGCUUGCAUGGAUGGAUGGAUAGAUGGGUGGACGUGUAUAUCCAGACAGCCCCCAUCCCGCACUAUUAGCUAUGACUGCAUCUCCGGGUCAGCGGCCCCCUCAUGCUGCUGCUGGCCCUCCAUCUCAUCGCUUGGCCGCUUCGUCCCGCGACGCUCCUGAACCAACGAAGCGGGACGGACGAAUGAAUGAUGAGUGAUGGCUGAACAAACAUCCAACUGACCUGCUCUGCUGCUUGAGCAUGGCGAUUUCAUUGCGGAGUCGCCUAUUCUCGGCCUCCAGACGAUGCCGCUCGGCCGCCUCCUGCGCACACUGCAUUGGGUGAGCCCGUUGCAUUCGUGAUGAAUUGGGCGAGCUCUUGACGCGACACGUCGAUUGCAU